AUGCCGCCAACAUGCCGGGGUGUAACAUACCCUGACAAUGCCCUUUUUUGCCCCCGUAUCAUAAGUUCGGUUGUAGCUGUUCAGGUGCUUCCUGAUGAAUACUUUGAUACUCAUAAAGUUGUGACAUUCGACUUGAAGCUUGGUGCCGAUGAUGCUUUUGUCCAGUGUUUUCGCAUGCCUGAGACCUUUUUGAAGCUGCCAAUGCAUGAUAAUGCGUUGCAUGAAGCUUAUCAUGCUGUGACGCAACAACAGGGUCCGCCAACAGACCUCACUGCAUGGGGCCAGCAGGUGGAACAAGCAGCCGAUUUGGCCUACCGCUGGUUCCAGAUGAAAGAAAAAGAUUGUAGCUUCCAAAACACAAUCAGCAUGCCCAAAAGAUACCGUGGACGAUGCCAACCAGCACCACUUGUGAAAUUGCCAAUCAAGUCACACUUCAAACAGGGUCGCCCAGGUGACUACCAGCCAGAUGUUGAGGUUCACACGUACAACACACAGGCCAAAGUUAAGCAAAUCAGACGGCUGCAGGCCUUGCUUUAUCUCCUGCGUAAGGGGGACUGGCAGCAGGCACAGCAUGUUCAAGCAUGGGAUUUGUGGCAUGCCAUCCAAAAAUGUAAGGCUUUUCAGAGUAAUUUUUUGCGUUGGGCACAAAAUAUUCCUGAAAUAGGACCUCUCCCAGUGCGAUUACCAAAUCCUGCUGUCCUUGACUUAAUCCUUCAGUUUGCCAAGCAUGACACCAAUCAUUCACUCUGGAUUGACAAACAGAGAUGGAAAGAUAAGGUUGAAUACAGACGUAGUUUGGAUUAUAAGUGUCAAGGGAAUUCCAGAGCAUUUGCCCGCAUUCGUGACCCGACCCAACCGGGUGUAUAUGACAUCCAAAACCAACUUGUGGACACAGCCAUCACCGUACCACAACCGGAUGACACCACCUUGGUUUACUGUCACAGUGCUGCCCAGUUUAAGCCAGAUGCGAUCUUACAUGUACAUGACAUUCCAGCCACCAUGGUAGCACAAGAUAGUCAUUGCUUAACAGUAAGACUGCAUGGAGAAUUGCCUGAACUAGAGCAGUGUGAGAUAGUUCAAAACACUGUCAUCACACACCCCAAUGCGGUAAUGGAGGCCCUGCAGCAAUAUUGGGACCAAUACUGGACCCUGCCCAGGGAAAAAUUGCAGCCACCUGCUGCCUUUCACCAAAUGAUCCAUUACCCCCCCAACCUUUUGGGAGACCAACAAUUAGACUACCAGGAUAGCCAAGAGUGGUACCAAGCAGUGCGCACACUCAAUCCCAAAACCAAAAAAUGCCGCGGGAAGUCACCGGAUUCUUGCCUGGCCGGGGCCCUGGCGAUGCCACGUAUUGCCAGCAGUUUCUCUUGGAAUGGGCCCAUGCUACGGGGACUUGUCAGUCAGGGAGAUCCCAUGAGUGUAACUGCUAUGCUAGCCAUCGCAUAUGCCUGGAUUCAACAUAUUCAGCGACAUACCAAUGCCUUGGCGCCCAGUGCUUUUGCGGACAAUUGGGGCUGGAGUACCACCAUUGCGUCCCAACAUGCACCAGCCUUAAGGGCUACCAAGGAAAUGGCAGAAUUUCUCAACAUGAUCAUUGAUUGGCGCAAAUCAUGGUUGUGGAGCACUCACAAAGAACACAUCUCCACUUUGAAAGCAGCAGUCAAAAAAGAAGCACCUGAAGAACAUGUCCCUGAAAUGCUUUCAGCAAUGGACCUUGGGGCACAGUUAACCUACAGAGGUAAUUCACGUUUGGGCAAGCUUAGGGACCGGUUGCAAAAAGCCAAUAGACGCCUCCAACGUUUGGAGGGACAAGUUGAGCCACUGCACUCCAAAGCGCGCCUCAUCACAGCUGGGAUCUAUCCAGUGGCCUUGUACGGUAUGGAACUUGAUCCCCAGUUAGUUCUGAUGCAACGAGUAAUCCUUUCAGCUAGGCUACCUGGCCUGCAAGACAUCCACCGAGCCGAAAUUUUUGCCAUUGUAGUGGUUAUGGAAAGGAGGCUUUUCGAAUUCCACCUAGAUGCACAAAAGCGAAUGGCGCAACUGCAGCAAGAACAGAAGAAAGAAGUUGAGGCAUACGGAGUGAAGUUCUCAGAGUUUGCCAAUACCUUUGCCAUCUUUUAUUUGCAGUUCACUGGUUUGUUAUCAACUGAUAUCUGGCCUUGUUACGACAGGAAACUUGUGAAAUCUUUGUUUGUGCAAGGGGCUCAGAUCUUCACUAGUGGAUUUGCUCAGCGCCCAUCCUUUCCCUAUCAAGCUUGGGUGCACGAUGUGCUUCGACCCUUCCUACGUGACCAUCAAGGAACAGCCAUCACUGCGAUUCCGGACGUUGAUUGGAUCAUGUCUGAAGGUCAAUACAAGGUUUUGAAGGAGGACCUGAAGGGUGAAUGGAAGAACCGGGCGAUGGCUGCCC